GGCGCUGCGGUUUCAGCCGCUCGGUCACCUGGGCUUGUUCAUGCCGGUUUUACCCUCUCUACAGAUUGCUGCAUGCUGCUGCCUGGCACGCAGCUGCUUCACCGCCCUCUGCGCUGCAUCCGUGCUUUGGGACACCUGCCCUCACGCUCCCUCAUGAAUCUCGGCGAGCUGGUUUCAGCCCUGAAUGACUUUGCAUCCCUCUCUCUGGCUGAAAGCUGGGACAAUGUGGGCUUGCUGGUGGAACCAAGUCCUCCUCACACUGUGAACACCCUCUUCCUCACUAACGAUCUCACUGAGGAAGUGAUGGAAGAGGCAGUGCAGAAGAAAGCAGACCUUAUUCUUUCUUACCACCCUCCUGUAUUCACACCACUCAAGCGAGUAACGUGGAAGACCUGGAAGGAACGGCUGGUUGUCCGAGCCCUGGAACACAGAAUUGGGAUUUACUCUCCGCAUACAGCAUACGAUGCCAUACCUCACGGAGUCAAUGACUGGCUAGCAAAGGGACUUGGUGCUUGUACUUCUGUCCCGCUGCGUCCAUCAACUGCGCCAAGCUGUCCAGCUGAGGGCACUCACCGGGUAGAAUUCUGCACAGACAACACUGAGCAUCUAGACACGGUGCUGUCCAAAAUCAAAGAUAUCCAAGAGAUCUCAUGUCUCACUACUAUCCCUGCCAGGGUUGAAGGUGAGGAGCAAAUAAGAGUCAGUUUGAACUGCUCUCAGAAAGCACUGUUGAAGGUGAUGGCAUUUUUGUCCCAGAACAGCCUUUGUGAGAGGACCGAGAUUCUCUUAUUACAAAAGCCUCUGCUUCCCCAUACUGGAAUGGGACGUCUGUGCACACUGAGCGAGCCAGUGUCCUUGUUGGACAUAACUGAGCGUAUCAAAAGCCACCUAAAAUUACCACACAUCCGCUUAGCCAUGGGAUUGGGCAAGACACUAGAAUCACCAGUUAAGAAAACUGCUCUGUGUGCUGGUUCUGGGAGCAGUGUCCUGAAGGGAGUCAAAGCUGACCUCUAUCUCACAGGAGAGAUGUCUCACCAUGAUGUUCUGGAUGCAGUCGCCAAUGGGAUAAGUGUUAUUCUGUGUGAGCACAGCAACACUGAGCGAGGCUUCUUGACAGAGCUGUGUGACAUGCUAGCUAUCCACCUACAGAACAAAGUCAACAUAAUCGUGUCUGAGAAAGACAGAGAUCCCCUCAAGGUGGUAUAAGGAAAAGAAAAAACAACAAAGGAGAGAAUUCAGUCAAGAGUUUCAUGAUAUCUUGUACAGACCAAUCCAGUUGUAAGCUUAAUGAAGAUGCUCUAAAUUCGUUCAGUACAGAAUGAUUGUAUUAUAUGUUCUCUUAGAGUCUGAGAUAUAUUUUGUCAUCUGUCAAAUAAAUGCUUGGUUUGGACUACAGAA